AUGGAGAUUCGUGUAUCGAAGAUGAUGAGCUCAUGGAUAGCUGAGCAAUUCAUAAAGGCAACAAGCGAUAAAAGGUUAGAAGUUGUGGCAGAGGAGUAUGUGCAAGAGUUAAUGGAUAGGAGUCUAAUUUUGGGUAAAACUCGAAAGCCUAAUGGAAGAUUCAAAACUUGCAAAAUUCAUGAUCUUCUUAGGCAGUUGUGCAUAAGAGAAGCUCAAAUUCAAAAUGUUGUGCAUUUCCCUUACAGUGAUCAUGUUUCUACUUACUCAGAUGACAUAAAUGAUCGUAGGCGUGUGAUGAUUCCUUUUCUGAUUGAGGAUUAUUUUUGCGAUCAUCCAAGUCAAAUGAGUGGUAAGAUUACAACCCGCAGCUUGAUCUUUAUGGGAGCUGGUAGAUCUUAUCUAGUACCUGAAAUAAAUCACUGGCCUGAUAGUAUUUCAGAUUUCAAGCUACUUAAGGUGUUGGAUGCACGUGAAAUUGGCUACGAUUUCUCUCAUAUUAUACCUCAACUUGUUCAUUUGAGGUAUGUUGAUGCAAGAAUUCAGGAUCCUUCUUCACUAGCCAAGUUGUGCAAUCUACAGACCAUAAUUAUUUAUUCAAGGAUAAAUAUUGUGCAGCUCCCGGUGGAGAUUUGGACAAUGUCAGAGAUAAAACAUGUGAUUAUUGAACAAAUGGAUAUGCCUAAUCCUCUUAGUAUUGAAGAGCAACAACCUUUGUUUCUGAAUAACUUGCAAACACUUGCUCUCGAUUCCUCGCCUUUUUUGGCAGAAAUCCUAAAGAGAACACCCAAUGUAGAUAAGCUGAAGAUUAGAGCUGCUAAUACACAUAAUGAGUGGUCUGAUUUUGUUGAUUGUCUCAUUAAUCUACAGAGGCUGGAAAAGCUAAGUAUAACAGCAACAGAAGACAACAGUCCGCGCAUUCUGUCUAGUGCUUUUUGCGCGCCUAAUCUAAAGCAUUUGAGAUUAGCUGAAACUUCAUUGCCUUGGGAAGAUAUGGCUGUGCUGGCUAAUUUACCCAAUCUUGAGGUGCUCAAAGCAGAUCAUGCAUUCACGGGAACAGAUUGGGAUCUAAAUGAAGAUGUUGUGUUUCAAAAACUAAAAUAUCUACGAAUUAAGAGGGCAGAUGAUCUGGAAAUGUGGGAAGCAGCUAGUGAUAGUUUCCCGAUGCUUGAGCAACUAGUCCUUCAGCAUCUCGAAGAACUAGAGGAUAUUCCACAAAGUUUUGGAGAAAUAAUGACACUAAAAUUAGUCCAAGUGAAAUAUUGCAGUCCUACAGUCGAUGAUAGUGCAAGGAAUAUUCUAGAAGAUCAACAAAGCUGGGGAAAUUAUGAGCUUCAAAUUAUAAUUGUACCAUCUUUACAAUACAUGUAA